AUGUCAUUUAAUCCUUACUGCAAGACUUGGGCAGGUCCGUGGGUUAAUGGGAGUAACGGCGAGAGUCAUACAUUCCAUACUAAUCCAGAUGCGUUCAACAUUUCUUCAUUCAUGUCCACGUACCCCGAGAAUGUCCCUUUCCUCCCAGAUCUCAACGAACUUUCAGGCCAGCCUUCACACGAAACGGGGUAUACUGUGUGCUAUACCAGCCAUAGUAGUGGCACAGACACUUGGCCAAAUAAUAUCACGCCUUUGAACUUUGCAACAGCCGCUCCAUCUGACCUUCAGGCGAUCGGCAAUGAAGAUCAUUUCGCGUUUAAUCAUCUUCCCAUGAGCCCCAACACUGUUUCAUCCAUUCGGCAGCCUUCUAUGACAGUGGCAGCACCCAGGACCCGCUCUCGAAGACCGGAUUCCCGUCUUCGAGGACCGAAAGCAAAUGGCGUACGCCACGACGGCAUUGUUAAAUGCGAGUGGAAAGGCUGCACCUAUACUGGUGUAUUCACCCGCAAAGCCGAAUUGAAGCGGCACGUCGAGACUCAGCAUAUCUCUCCCAAUUCCUAUGAAUGUCCCGAGCCGACGUGCAUGAGAACGUUCAACCGCAGAGACAAUCUGGACGAGCAUCUGCGUCGGACCCACUUCCAGCAGCCCUCAAUCAUUUCUGAGUGA